AUGGCCGCUGUCAGCUCGCCCUCGCCGCCGACGCGGGAGCGGUCGAAUACGUUCUCGCGUCUGCUCGGUCUGCGCGCGCGGUCCUCGUCCAACGCACAGCCGCCUCCCACCGUCGUCGCGGACGAUGACUGGUACACGCCGUAUGUUGGCCCAUACAGCAUUCCCUCGCCGGUCGUCAAGCAGCCCCACACCCGCGACUCGUGGCGCCUCUCCGCGGCCUUAUCCCCAUCGCGCUCCCCAGCCGUCGGCGAACACCCGACCCACUCCCCACGGCCCUCCCCGCGCGGCUCACCGCACACGCCCAACCGCAUGAGCCUCGCCAAUCUCCUCGGCGGACUCCGCUCGCCCAAUUUAUCGCCACACCCUCCACCGCAGGGUAUCAAGGAGGAAGGAGGAGGAGGAAUGCAGUACGCGACGCGGCGCGCGAAGAGCCCGAUGACCGAGUCGUGGUACUCGGCCCUCUCGCCCCCGCCCGACAAAUCGCGCGCGAGCCCCGCGUCGAACCACACGCACCCGUACGCCGCCAGCGGGAGCGCGCAGUCCACCCCUCGCCGCGCGCCGCCUGUGCUGUCGCCCGGGCCGGGGCAGAAGGACUUUGCUUUUGCUGCGGGCUCGGGUACGGGGUAUGCCGGGCCGUAUGGGAGUGUUGGGUCGGGAAAGGGGAAGGACAAGGUCCCGGCGCACCUGCGGCCGCACCGCGCGUCGAGCGUGCUCAAGGCGCUCUCGACGCCCAACCUGCGCGCUCUCGCCGCGUCCAGCUCGGGCGUGCAUCUCGCGCCCACGACCGAAGAGCGCAUGCCGCCUUUACCUCAAACCGCACGUGAGCGUCUUCGCGAACAGGAGGAGCGAGAGAAAGGGCUGGGCAGUAGAUGGCUGAGCCCCGAGACGUGGUGCGACGCGCUGCUGUUCCCGCGCCCGAGGUUCAGGGUGCGCACAGAUAGCGAGAUGAGCAUGGAGAAGUCGACUGUUCGAACGGCGCCGCGCGCGAUGAGCCCCGCGACGGCGCUCGACUCGCCAUUGCUCCGCUCGCAGCCCUCGCGCGACGUCCUCAACUUACGAGAUCGGGACAUGGCCACAGUCACGAUCCAGAUCCAGUCUCCCCACGCCGGCCCGUCGAUGCUUCCUCAACAUCACCAGCACCCGCCCUCGGCGUUCUCGAACCUUUCCUCAAGCUCGAACGUCAAGACACUGAGCAAGAGCCGGAGCGCGCAUAAUCUGCGAGGGUCGCAGCAACAUCAACACGCGAAUGCGAAUCAGCCGCCGAAGGCUGAGCCCGUGCUCAAUAUCAGAGGACCGAACGGCCGGCCGAGGAGUUUUGCGGCGGACGAUCUGGCGCUGCCGAGCCCGGUGCCCAGUCUAGCACGAGUCAUCGAGACACAAACCUCCUUCGCCCGCGAACGCGAAGCAUGGAAAGCCCAAGCCUCCUCCGGCCUCCUCUCCAAACACACCCGCUCAAUCAGCCGCGCCCGCGCGCGCUCACUCUCCCGCGCCCACCCCUCAUCCUCAAACCUCAAAGAUGAAGUCCCACCGCCCCUACCGCGGUUCCAGACCUUGCUGCUCGGCGGGCAGACGCGCGCGGCGACGGUGCACGAAGGAUCGGAUACAACGGGCUUGAUGAGUUUUGGCAUUGGGAGCUUGAGUAGUCGGAGUGCGGGCGCGGGUGUGGGGACGGCGAGCAAGAGGAGCGCGCAUGGGCAUAGCAGUUCGGUCGGGCAUAGUGUCAGCGCGCAUGGGCAUGCGAGCGCACACGGGCACGGGCACGGGCAGGGCGAUGCGCGGGGACAUGCGAGGACAGGCAGCCUCGGACGCGCGAUUGCGCAUGGGAUGGCGUCGUGUGUUGGUGGCGAGAGCGGGAGCCCGGCGGAGUACGCGCCGCUGCGGAAUGAGGGCCUCGAACAGACGCCCGCGCUGGAGAAGACGUCCUACUUCGGCCCGGACGACAAGUCGCCGCUGUUGCAGCGCAACGCCUCCGUGCGAGUAGGCGAGAACGCGAGCGCUGCGCUCGCGCGCAUGGCGCCGGAGUACACAAGGAUGUACGCGCAGAGCAAGGACUACGCCGUCGAGCCCGCCGCUUCUUCGUCGUUCAACCUCCUGCGCACGUCGCCGGAGGUGCUGCUCGUGCCUGACCCCGCGCGGUACCCGUCCUCGCGCGAGCAGCAGACGCCGUCGCCGUCGGGCUCGCUCGGACCGGACGGCGAAGGCGUGUUCGGCAUCGCGAUCUCUACUCCGUCGAUCAGCCCGGUCGACGCCGGCCCCUCGCCGCAAGAGAGGGAAGAAUGGGACAUGCCGGACCACCCCUACGCCGGCUUUGCGCGCUCCAAGUCCUCACCUCAGCACCAUAUGCACAGGAAGAACCAGAGCGCGGGCAGCGGGAGUGAAUAUGCGGGCCCGCAUCCGAGCAGCCCGGUUGUGAACGUGCCGCGGGAUAUGGUCGUGGAUAGCGUCGUUGCGCGGCAUCGGCUGCCGCCGCAUGUGAGGCAUCCGUACGCGUUUGGGUCGAGGGAUGAGGACGGGGGUGUUCCGGUGCCUAUACUCAGUGCGCCGAAGGUCGGGAAGGGCAAGGCGAGGGCUGUCGUGGAGACGUAUGAGGAGCGGGGUGGGGAGCUGGAGGUUGAGGAGGGCAGGGACGCGCGAGGGCGCCCGUUGAGCGCUGCGCAUGCGUAUGCGCGCGCGGCGCGGGAGAGCGCCACGCCGCUUGAUUUUGGCGAGGCGGUCGUGCUUGCGCUUGCACGGCGUCGUCGGGGCAGUGUCGAUUCGGGGCUGGGGGAUAGUGUCGAGGCUGGGACGCGCGAGGACGGCGCGAGCUCGAGUAAAGGCAGCCCGGUGAUUGUCGCCGGUGCACACCCCAUCACGCCGCGCGCGAAGCCCAUGAAUGUCCCGCCCAGUCCGCUGCUCGUUGCGCCGCCUACUGCACCGCAGACGCCGCACUCGAGCACGUCCACGCACGGCAUCUUCGCGCGGACGCCUGGCGCCAAUACGCCCUCGCAGACGCCCAGUGUACCCGCGUUCUCCCCCGACUCGCAGUCUGCGCCGUCGUCGCAGAUGCUCUCCGGACUACUGGGUCGCUCGCCGGCGGAGAACUGGCUGGCCGUCGAAACGCCUCUCACGGGCCCCCCUGGCUCGCGUCGCCCUCCAUUACUCCAGAGCCCGCUCAGCCACGCGAACAGCUCGCGUUCGGCACAUACAGUCGCGAGCAGCCCGCCCGCGAGCGUCAACCCCUUUCGCCCCGACAGCCUCGUCUUCAACAUCCCCGCGUCCGAUCUGCGCGACGCGCUCGCGCAUAGCCCCGCGCCGUUCCUGGCGCUUUCGAGGGCGCAGGAUGGAGAGGGUGAAGGUGCGGAGGGCGACGAGUACGAGUGGACACCUGGGAGCGUGUACAGCGUCGAGCCGUACUCGCCCGGCGCUGAGGAUGCAUAUGCGGCGCGCGGCGACGAUGUGCUGGGUAAUGCGCCGGCUUUGGCACGUCAUGCGCUCGCUAUGGAGGGCUCGACACCCGACUCUGAUGGCGAUCUGAGGAGAUUGUUAGCACCGCACGACGCGGCCAGUCCUGGAUCGAGCAGCACGCCGAGCAACGAGCGGAGCGACAGUGUGAGCCCCGGUCAGCCGUUCGGGAGCGGCGAGGAUCUGACGCGGUACCGCGAUCUGUUCUAUCGGCCCGCGGACACGCCGCCUGCGCCGUCUGUGCACUCGCCGAGCCCGGUUCGCGCGGAAGUGGUGGCGAGUCGUUUGGAGGAUGCUGUGGGCGAUGAUGAUGAGAGCGAGCAGGAGGAAGAGGAGGAGGAGGAGGAAGGCGGCACGACGGUGUAUGUCGGCUCGCCGCGCGAUAGGAUGCACGAGUUCGGCUCGCCGCGCGCGGCCGCGACCGAUCUCAGCUCGCCGAGGAGCAUUCCGCUCGAGUUUGAUGCGGCGAGCCGGAGCAGCCGUGCGGGGAGCGGUCUGACGAACUUGACGCGGCAACUGAGCGCGGAGCUCGGCGCGCUGCAGGAGGAGAUCCGGUAUCGGCCGUCGUUCGGGACGAGUCUGUCUUCGGCGUCGGGGGACUCUGCGUCGUUGAGAGGCGAGGAUGUGACGGAGGAGCAUAGUCAGCGGUGGGGGAGCAGGCUGGGCGGGUUGUAUGGGGAGCGGCCGGCUGAGAUUGGCGGGGCGCCGCCGGGGCAGGAGCCGAGUCCUACGGCGCCGCUUAGGAUGCAUGCGUUUGCGCCGCCGAGGAUCAAUUCAGGCAUACCGGAGGAUGUGGAAGCUGAGGAGAGUGCGGGGAGCUCGCGCUCUAGCAGUCCAUUGCAGCAGUCCACGCUCUCUCACGAAGACAAUAUCCUCCGCGUUGGUGCGAUCGAGGCUGCACUUACCCCCGAGGCCGUUGAACAGUACGACCACCGCUUCUCUCGCCAUCUAUCCAUCAGCGGCGCCUCGCAGCUUGCCCACUUUUCCUCCGAACCUUCGUCUGCCGCCGCGGACAACGGGUACUCGCCCGAGCACAACAACUCCGCUCUUGAGCGUGCCGACGCCGUUGGCGACACCUUCGGCCCGCGAGCCAUUACACUGGCCACCCCCACCCAUUCGCCUGAGAUCGCGGCGCGCACCGUAUCCUCGUCGCCGGAGUCGAGCUACCUUCGGCCUUCCGGUCCGACUCCCGGUGCGCGGCCGGGCGUGCCGACGCCUGGCUCUAGUGUGUCGACGCUCAGCGUUUAUGCCAGCUCGAACGUACGCGGGCGGGACUACGGCUACUUUGCUGGUGCUGCCGAGUCGGCUGGUGGGUACACCAGUGCAGUCGAGACUCCGGGCGCGUAUGUGAGCGCACGGGAGACCCCGAACCCGUACUCCAGUUCGCGUGAGACGCCCGGUCCGUACGCCAGUGCUCUCGAUACGCCCGGCCUCUACAGCGGUCAAGCAACGCCUGGCCCGUACGUGAGCGCUCGUGAGACGCCCUUGCAACACACCUCAACUGCAGAGGACACCGACGCCGAAGGGUACUUCACUGCCGACAACACAACGGAACUUGGACAUGGCCUCGGAAACGUCGACUACUUCGCCAGCGAUGCCUACUCGACUGCUGAUGAGACGGAGAUGGGCUCGGAUGAGCUCACGCGGCGGUUCGAUAUGGUCACUGGACCGUACAGGCGCAGCGAGUCGCCGGUGUAUGUGCAGCAGAACGAGCAUCGUGUGCAGCACGAGCACGAGCCGGAGCAGGACGUCGAUUCUGGAGGCGAGACGGAGGAGAGCGUUGUGCGCCCGAUGCGCGACUUCUCCAACAGCGUGUCGCCCAGUCUGCGCCGGCUGAGCGCUAUGGGCGGCAUCUCGCCUUUGGGCGCACGCUCGAGCGUCAGCUCGGGGCUCGUCCCACCGCGAAGCGCGCAUACGGAGCGGAGUCGCUCGAGCUACCUUACCAAUGGAAGCUCCGACGUCGGAAGCCGUAUGAGCGGCUUGAGCGAUUUCCCGGUCCCGCCUGACUAUGCGUACGAUCCUCGACCCAGCCUUGAAAGCCGGCCUAGCAUCGAUGCUGACGCUGAGAGCGAGGCCGAGAGUGAUGUCGAGGCCACCAUGCAUUCGCGCUCGGCUACUGUGCGCCCACGGCGGACGUCGCGGGUACGGGAGUCGAUCAUGAAUCGGUUCUAG